CCAAAAUAUCAUUUGAUUGGUUUCAACUGGACAAUUUGGGAAUGACGCCUCACUCGGCGUCAGCUCAAACGGCUCAGUCAAUUUCUUUGUCCUAAGUCCGUUGAACCCAUCACCACCACUGAUCACUUUCUCUCCACCGAUAACUUGCUCUUUCUCCGGCCAACUUCUCCGAUCUCCACUCCGGCGACUACAACUUUUGUAAACAAUGAUCAUUACUAAACAAUAUCGGUGCAUACACUCAACUAGUUGUUUGUGUACAAAAGGGCAUCUUAGCGAAGAAGUUAUAUUUCUGGUUUUUCAGCGACUGAAUUGGAAUCCUAAGUCGGUGGCAACUCUAUCCUGUGUUUGCAAAUGGUUUGAUGAUCUCGCAAAGAGAGUGCUCUGGAAAGAGUUUUGUAAGACGAGAGCUCCAAAAAUGAUGCUUGAUUUACAGUCUAGUGGGAGUCACAGUGUUGAUGGGAACUGGAGGGCUCUUGGAAAGCUUCUUAUUUACUGUUCUGGAUGUACUAAAGGUGGCUUAUUCAACAGCAUCCAUGUUCCAGGACACUUUGUUUACAGGACUAGGUUCUCUAGGACCUCUGGAAAGAGCUUUCUGUUACCACAAUGCAGGACGGAUGUUUUGUAUGUUUCUGAUCCUUGUGAGCAUCUUGACCAAGGAGAAGAGGGGGAUAUUGGAUUUUUUAGGGGAAUAUUUAAAUCCUUUGCUACCUCAAAAGUUCGUAAAAUGUUAAUUAAGAGGGAGGCUCAGCUCCAUCCAACAGAGGUGUGCCCUUACUGUAAAGCAAAACUGUGGAGCAUGCUGCAAGCAAAAAUGGUACCAGCAAGUGCCAGCUGUAGAUUGGGUGCUUAUGAAGAUGCAAUUGAGUAUUAUGUGUGCCUUAAUGGGCAUGUGCUUGGGAUAUGUACCCUCUUGCCCUUGUCUGAUUCUGAGGAAGCUUCAGAUCACAGUGAUUCAUGAAUGCAGAGGGGAAAAAGAUGAUAAAAGUCCUUGGAUUGUUCUAUGACAGACAUGCAAGACAUAGUUGCCAUUAAGUGGAAGAUCUCUUUUGAUGGACCAUGGACAUGUAACUGUAUUUAUGCAGGCUUGCCACUUCCCAAACUUAUCUGACCCGAUAGCAGUUCACUGGAAACCUGUGACUGAUCGUUGUAUCUCAGUUGUAACAAAGACGAGAAUUUGUUUGUAUAUUUUAUGGCCUCAAAUGUGCAUCAAAUUUAAGUGACAUGUUAGAAUCUGCAACAUUUCGAAAGUUGUUUGUUGUGAAGCAGUUAAGUUACCCCAUGUAAAGUUUGAAAAAAAAUAUUGAAUGCAAUUCUGAUGCAGUGA